AUGCGGUAUGAACUACUAUGUCUCGCAUCUGCAUCGGCGGGGAUUCUCUCCCAUCUCCUCUAUUUCAUCCGUGGGAAUAAGGCUAUCCAUGCUCCGCCGUGGAUCCUCGUCUUCUUCUUAGUUGCGGAAUGUUUUCUUUACACGCGAAGCAUUCACUAUCUAGGCGCUUUGCAAGGUUUCCUUACGGCCACUGUUAUAUCGCUCUGCUACUUCACGGCGCUCUUCACCAGCAUCAUCAUAUAUCGCAUCUUCUUCCAUCCUCUUCGUCACUUUCCAGGACCGUUCUUUGCAAAAGUCACAAAGUUUUAUUCUCCGUGGAUGGCCCGGGACGGCAAACUCCACGAAAGAUAUGCAGAGUUCUUCGAAACGUAUGGAGACAUCGUUCGAGUUGCCCCCAAUGAGCUCAUCGUGUUAUCGACAGAUGCGCAACAGAAAGUCCAUAGAGCAAGCUCACGAUGCUCAAAACAAGACACGGUCUAUGAGGUUGUACAUUAUCAAGGUUACAAAAACUUGGAGACUGUGGUAGAUCGCGAUGAGCAUCGAUCGAGACGUCAAGUUUGGGACAAAGCAUUCAACACAAAGGCCCUCGAGGCGUACGAGACCUAUGCUCGUGAGGUCGUCUACGAAUGGCUCGGCAAGAUGGCGUCUCUUCAAGGCCAGCCAGUCAACACCUCGCUGUACUCCCUCCUUAUCCCCUUCGAGAACAUGGGUCGCAUGGGCUUUUCAGACAACUUUGGCUCCAUCCAAAAGGGCAAAGAGGAUCCCAUGCUGCAUUACCUGGAGGUGACACUGGGCAGCAUCGGCAAGCUCGGCGCCAUGUACUGGCCCAUUGCUCUGCUGAAUGCCAUCGGUGGUAGCAGCGACCAUGUGGCGUUUCAGAAGCUCGCAUGUAAGAUGGUGGACAAGCGAGAAAAGAUAAUGGAUGAAGAAAAGGAAGACAUUCUGAAGUAUCUCAUCCAGGAUUACCGCUCAAAGGAACCCAAGGCCAUGCGUGACCAUAUGAUGAUAUACGCGGAAGCGCAAGCUCUCAUGGUCGCCGGGACAGAUACUAUCGGUGCAGCGUUGGCAUUCGCUUUUUACGUUUUGGCACGCGAUCCUCAAGUGCAAAAGAAACUGUAUGCAGAACUGGAGCCUCUGUACGGCCGCACGAUGUCCGGAGAAUUUGCAAACCACGACCUGGGCGAGGCAGAAGCGCCGUACCUCAACGCAAUCAUUAACGAGACGAUGCGAAUGUACAACCCUACUUGCUCAAACGGACCUCGUUCCACUCCGCCUGAAGGACUUGAGGUCGACGGAGUGUUCAUUCCGGGUAAGGUUGAUGUCUAUGUGCCGAUACAUGCUAUGCACCGAAGUGCCAAGUUCUUCAGGGAACCAAACAAAUUUAUCCCUGAACGAUGGACUACACGGCCGGAGCUGAUCAUUGACAAACGCGCGUAUCACCCCUUCCUUCUCGGCCCUCAUACUUGCGUCGGAAGAAGGAUCGCGUUGAUUGUCAUACGCCUUGUUCUAGCUUAUACAACUUGGUAUUAUGAGUUUGAGUUUGCUCCCGGUGAAGAUGGAGUGGCGAUUGACCGGGAUGCAGUGAAUGGGCAGAUUCUGAAGGCUGGUAAACUAGAAUGCGUCUUCACUCAGAGGGCUUGA